AUGGCGGCUCUGAAGGAGCUUCUUCCCGAACCUAAAUCAUCCUCAAAAACUUAUUACGACCACACCAACGAUCCAUGGUUCAAGCAACGAUUCACCGCAACGGAAGAGGAGAAUUCCGUUGCUAUCAACCCCAAAGUUGUGCCACCGUAUAUGAAGCGAUCUGGGUUUGUUCCUCGAAAGGUCGAGGAUUUCGGCACAGGUGGAGCUUUCCCGGAGAUCCAUGUUGCACAGUAUCCACUGGACAUGGGAAGGAACAAGUCUUCAAAGCCUGGCUCUAAGAUACUUCCGGUCACUGUUGAUGCUCAUGGAAAUGUUGCGUAUGAUGCUAUAGUCAAACAGAAUGAGAACGCUAAGAAAAUUGUUUACACGCAGCAUAAGGAUUUGAUACCCAAGAUUCUGAGGAAUGAUGGAGAUAGUGAUAUGGAUGAUGCUGACGAUGAUGAUGCUCAACGGGAGAUUGAUGAAACUAUGCAGGACACGAAAGCUGCUCUUGAGAAGAUUGUUAACGUGAGGCUUAGUGCGGCACAGCCUAAAAAUGUUCCUAAACAUAAUUCUGAUGCUAAGUAUAUAAAGUAUAAACCAUCACAACAGAAUGCGGCUUUCAAUUCCGGUGCUAGGGAGAGGGUUAUAAGGAUGGUUGAGAUGCCUGUGGAUCCACUUGAGCCUCCGAAAUUCAAGCACAAGCGUGUUCCCAAGGCUUCGGGUUCCCCACCUGUGCCGGUGAUGCAUUCGCCUCCUCGGCCUGUUACUGUGAAAGAUCAGCAGGACUGGAAGAUACCUCCUUGUAUUUCAAAUUGGAAGAAUCCCAAGGGUUACACCAUUCCUCUUGAUAAGCGUUUAGCUGCUGAUGGGAGAGGGCUUCAAGAGGUUCAGAUUAAUGACAAUUUUGCAAAGCUUUCUGAGGCUUUGUAUGUCUCAGAGCAGAAGGCUAGAGAAGCUGUUGCUAUGAGGUCUAAGGUUCAGAAGGAAAUGCUUUUGAAGGAGAAGGAAAGGAAGGAACAGGAGCUGAGGGCUUUAGCUCAGAAAGCUCGAUCAGAGAGAAUUGGUGUGGCACCUCCAGCGGCUGUUGCGGUUCCUGUUGCUUCGAAUAAGAGUGGUGUUGAUGAUGGUGAUAUGAGAGUUGAUUAUGAGCAUAGGGACAGGGACAGGGAAAGGGAAAAGAACUUCACUAAGGAGAGUAGAGAAGAAAGGGAGGAGCGGCUGCAACGUGAGAAGAUUCGUGAGGAAAGGCGAAAGGAGAGGGAAAGGGAGAGAAGAUUGGAGGCCAAGGAUGCUGCCAUGGGAAAGAAGAGCAAGAUUACUAGAGAUAGGGAUCGUGAUAUAAGUGAGAAAGUUGCUCUUGGUUUGGCUUCUACUAAGCAAGGGACAGAGGUCAUGUAUGAUGAAAGGCUAUUCAACCAGGAUAAAGGGAUGUCUUCUGGAUUUGCCACUGAUGAUCAGUAUAAUGUGUAUGACAAAGGUUUGUUUACUGCACAGCCAACACUUUCCACCCUUUACAGGCCAAAGAAGGAUAUUGAUGAUGAAACUUAUGGAGGUGCAAAUGAGCAGCUGGAGAAGAUUAUGAAGACUGAUCGUUUUAAGCCUGACAAAGGAUUUACAGGGGCUUCCGAAAGGGCAGGUCCAAGGGAUAGGCCGGUUGAGUUUGAGAGUGAAGAAGCUGAUCCAUUUGGUCUUGAUCAGUUCUUGACUGAGGUCAAGAAGGGUAAGAAGGCCAUGGAAAAUGUAGGUGGGGGAGGAACUAUGAGAGCUAGUGCUGGAUCUUCAAUGCGAGAUAGUUCUGAUGGAGGUUCUGGCAGGACUCGCAUUGGAUUUGAAAGAGGGCGUUAA